UAAUAGCACGUUUACUGCGUUGCUAGUUAAUCAACUAAAUUACUCAUACGAGUCUUCGCGGCUCCAAAAUGCUGGACCCGAACCGAAACAGACGCGUGGAAAAUCAUAGACAUGGAAAUGUAUAUAUGGCAGGUGGAUAGUGCUACGGAAAACCAAACGAAGGAGACCGUCGUGUGACAUUUACGUGAUAGGAGAGGAUUUGUACGCCGUCACCAGUGUGACUCAACUCAGCCGUCGUUACCUGUACGCCGUCGCUUAUGGUGAUGAAUCUGGGCCAAUAAGUUUGAUAAUGUGAAAAAACUCUUACCACCUCUCCAUAGAAGGCAUAAUUGCUUUAGUAAUAAUGGUCAAUAAGAAAAUGCUGAUAAUGUAACGUAAUUACUAAGAUAAUAUUACUAUGCCAGCAAAUUAGUUUAAUAUAAUUCACAUAUAUCUUUGAAGAUAUUGUGCAUUUAAGCCACAAUUCGUAAAAGCAACACAAAAGCUUUAAAUAAGGUAUGUUAGAUUCUCACAGUCAACAUUCCUUCAUUGCUUCCCUCCUUCUCUCCAAAAAUACUGGAAAAAGUGCUUGAACUUAACUAUUUGCCUAAAUAUAUAAUGACAUUUUGUAAACAGUUAGCAUUCAACAUUCAUGUAAAUGUAGCUGUAUUCACUGUCCUUUUACACAUAUUCACCUGUUGAGCAAACAUAACAAAUAAAAUACAAAGAAAGGAAACGUAUUCUUACUGCACAUAUAAACGUACAUUAGGUGUUACUUUAAUGUCUGACAUUAACACCAUGACAACAUCACUACUUACUAUAGUUAAUGCAGAUCAAUUUGAUGCUAGAAAAUCUUGUAGCUUGUGGGGGACAAAGAUGCAUACCUUUUUCACAACUUUAUAACUAACUUGAACAACUUGGAGAAAGAUGUUACAUGACAGUAUCAGUACGUAAAAAUCUGUGACCCCUGUGCAGUACUCAAGUCUAACAGCAAGAGGCAGCAGCGUAUAGCCUGCCGAAAAGACAAAGACGAAGAAGAGUUCGACCAAUCAUAGUGCCGGAUUCAUUCCCCCUGCCUUCACCCAUAUCCUUCACCCAAAUGUUAAGCGGGAAUGAACAUAAUUGACAAAUGUGUAGUAACAUUUAAAGAGACUGCAAAUCAACCGGAACACAUCGUUGAGUUUAUCCCUUUCCUUCCCUCUCCUCACUCCAGCCUGCUGGUUCCCGAAGCCGUUAGGAAAUAGGAUGAUGUCAGAUGAUGAGGAUGCUGACAGGGAGAGAGAGAACAGCAGACCUACUAAAAAAGAAGCGAGUCCAUUCCCUCCAGAAGUUUCUCGCAAAAUAUCAAGAGCAGUGGCCUUGCCUCCACCACUCAAAAGUGCCGCACCAUGCAUUUUGCACAUUGUUAUACUCUGCAGAUGUCCAGCAGCAUUUGGUGAUUAAAGAAGAGAUUUCCUGUGAACAUCAGAAGUGGAGCCCCAGCCUGAUCCAAGAGCACCAGGAGCACCCACACAUUAAAGAGGAGAAGGAAGGUUUCUGGACCCGUCAGGAGGAUGAGAAGCUGCAAGGACUGCAGAAAGAUGAUAUGACCAAGUUCCUAUUUACUCAUGUCCCUGUGCAGAAUGAUGAUGAAGAGAAAGCUCAGUUGUCACAGCUUCAUCAAAGACAAACUGAGGAAAACAGAGAGUCAGAACCUCCAGCCAGCAGCUCAACUGAACAGAUGAGAAGAACAGAGGUUGAUGGAGAGGGCUGUGGAGGACCAGAAACAGCCAGGAUAUCAGUAUCUUGUUUUAAAUGGCUAUCUGGAUCUGAUGACAAGACUUCACACUCUUCUGAAGUUGAAACUGAAGAUAAUGAUGGUGAUUGGAAGGAGACCAAGAAACCUCAGACAGACUUAAAUACUAUGAAAAAUAAAGUUACUGUAAACAAUAUAGGAUGUAAUACUGGCAAUAAAUUAUUGAGCUGCUCUAAAUGUGGUAGAAGUUUUGGCCAAAAGCACCAUCUGCAGACACACAUGAGAUGUCAUACUGGGGAGAAACCCUUUAGUUGUUCACUAUGUGGAAAAAGAUUUACUCAGAAGGGCAAUCUCACAAAACACCUGUCAGUCCACACAAGGGAGAAACCAUGUAGUUGUUCUGUUUGUGGUGAAAGAUUUGCACAGAGAGGAAAUCUGACACAACACAUGACUGUCCACACAAGGGAAAAACUUUGUUGGUGAGAAAUUGACAAAGGGAUUCAGAGAAGACCAAAUUGCAUUAAUAUCAAGAGAUUCAGUGGAGUGUAUGUCAAAAAACAAUGACAGCAGUAAAUAAAGUUGCCAUUGAAACUAAGUAAAGUUUUCAAUAGUAGUGAAGGAGUUAACUUCUCACUUGGAAUUUCCUACCAUCCAAAUCAGGGCAUUCAAAUAGCUGAGGUAGUAACAGCAUAGACAUGCGUCUGUGGCUCAGGAGGUAGUGCUGGUCAUCCAGUAAUCACAGGGCAGUUUGAUCCCUGGCUUCUGUCCACAUGAAGUGCCCAUGGGCAAGACACUGAACCUCAAUUUGCUCCUGUUGGUCAGGACAGCACCUUACAUUGUACCUCGCUGCCAUUGGUGUGUGAAUGGGUGAAUGAGAGGCAAAUUAACAUCACAUUGCUCUCCUGUCUCCAAACUGCUGACUACCAAAAUACCAAAAUACUACUAGCACAUCAGUAUCAGUAUCACAAGAGGACAGCACACGCUUACCACUGCUACACCACCAUUAAGGACCGUUACAAACCCCUCUCAUGCCCUGCUUUUGGGGAAACUGAUCACACCUCUAUUCUAAUGCCAAAGAAGUCCACUGUCAACUGCCACAAUGACUACUGCCCCAUCAAUUUCACCUCAGUGGUCAUCAAGUGUUUUGUGCAGCUAGUUAAUAAGCACAUCACCUCAUCUCUUCCAGCUCAUUUAGACUCCCUACAAUUUGCCUACAAAUCAAACAGAUCCACAGAUGACAUAAUUGCCCUGACCCCCCACACCACUCUGUCCCACCUGGACAAGGGGAACACAUACAUGCAGAUGCCGUUCAUCAACUAGCUAUUGUGCUAUUAUAGUUAUUAUGCUUGGCCCUAAACACCCUUAGAAACACAUUAUCUAAUGAUAUAGCCACUCUGGAUAGCAUCACCCUGGCUUCCAGCUCCUUCCAGAUCUGGGAGUUAUCUUUGAUCAGGAUAUGUCCUUACACUCCCCAAAAGAAAUUUCAAAGACUGCCUUUUUUCACUCAGGUAAUAUUGCAAAAAUCAGGCACAUCCUGUCUCAAAAAGAUGCAGA